UAAAACGACCCUUUAUGACAAAAACAAAAACCUCGUAGCCGCCGUUGUUUUAGGCUUUUACCCUCAACCCCAAAACUAUAUAGAAAUCCCAUUUCCAACCCUUUCUCCGUACCACAAUCCAACAAAUGAACUUCCAUAAAUUACAAAAACCACCCACAAAUAUUUCAUAAAUUGACAAAAUCACCCCCACCACCCCUCUUUUAGAUCUCAUCUUCUAAACUCUCGGCUCCAACUCCCAAGUAACACUUCUUCUUCUUCCUCGCUCCGGCCACACAGCUUCAGCAUCCAAAAUCAAUGGCUAUUCCUCGUAGAAAAGGCAAGUUAAUCUUCGUAAUUACUGUUUCUCUGCUUAUUUCAGAUUUUUUCGUUUUCGUCCCACGUUUUUCUUCUUGCCUUGUUCUUGCAUCACCACCGCAUUCGAACUCAAUAAUCGAAACCCACAGCGGAAACGCAAACCCAAUUGAGGAAAAUCUGCCCGACCAAACCCUAGAUUCCGUCUUGCUGAAACAACAGCAGCUCCAAUUAGAUAAAUUCGAAGAAUUAGUUCAAAACCUCACCCACCUCAUUUCUAGGUUAGAAUCCCAUUUUUCCGACGCCCCAGAAAAAAUGAAGAAGAACCCCCCUUUGUUAUCUCCCUCUCACCACGAAUCAAACGACGCCGUUUUGAUAGAAGAAGAAAAACAAGUUCCAGUUAAAGAAGAGCGUUUAAAGGAGGAAGGACAAGUGAGUGGGUCAAUGUUGGUUACCAAGUACAACUCGUUCUGGUCGGAGCGGUUUCAAUUCGUGUCGGCGGUGAAAUUGAGCUCCACCCCGACGUGCGUGAACGUCUUGCCGUAUCGGGAUUUCGAGGGUAUGAGCAAAUACUUCGCCGUGGGCGACAACAACGGCAAACUGUACAUCUUCGUCCGGAGCGGCGACAUUUCCCUCGAGUUCAACGCGUUCCCCGAGGCGUCGGAUCCGUCUCCGAUCACGGCCAUGGUGUCUUAUCUCUCCCUCUACAAGAACGAGACCACGAUCGUGACCGGCCACGAAAACGGGGCUAUAGCGACCCACCGAGUUUGGGAGACGAUGCUCAACAACGGCGACGAGUGGAGCUCUCUCCACUUUGAGAGGGCCGCGAGAUUCGAAACCCCCGAUUCAGGGGGCGGUGGCCCCCGCAUUGGCCUUCUAGAAGUUCACCAUGUCGGUAGGAAGAAAUACAUUCUCGCAUCGGAUAACGGCGGGAAAAUAACCGUUUUCAAAGAAAACGGGGCGCUCCAUGGAUCUGUUACCCCCACUAGAAAACCCGUUGCUUUCUUGAAACAAAGACUACUGUUUCUCACCGAGAACGGGGCGGGCUCGUUGGAUUUGCGGACCAUGAAGUUGAAGGAGACCGAAUGCGAGGGCUUGAACAAUUCUUUCGCCCGGAAUUACGUUUUCGACACUACGGACCGUUCGAAGGCGUACGGCUUCACUUCGGACGGUGAUUUGACCCACACGUUAUUGUUGGGCGAUGUAAUGAACUUCAAGUGUCGUGUUAGGUCGAAAAGGAAGCUCGAUCUCGAAGAGCCAAUGGCUUUACAAGCAAUCAAAGGCUACUUGCUUAUUGCUAAUAAAGAGAAGGUUCUUGUGUACAACGUCUCGUCUCAGAAUUACGUUAGGGUUGGAGGUGGGCUGAGGCUUUUAUUCUCUGCAGGCCUCGACGAAAUUAUAGCGUCAUUCUUGAAUCAACAAGUUGUUGAUGUGAGUAUAGAGAAGGGUGUAUCUACGAUACCGUUGAUCACGAGUGAUUACGAGAAGCAUGUGAUUAUAAGUCUUGGAAAUGGGUACGUCGCCAUGUACCGUUCGAACCUACCCGUUUUCAAGAACGAGUUUAGUAGCAUAAUGUGGACGAGCCCCGUUUUGUUUUUCGUUCUCUUCUUGUUCGGUGCGUGGCAUUUUUUCGCAAACAAGAAGGAGGCGCUCACCUCGUGGGGCCCGGCGGACGACCCUUUUGGUGCUUCUUCCGGGUCUGUUACGGGUGGGGCUCCGGAAGCUUCUAGAAGCUCAGAGAUUAUGGAGAUGAGAGGCGGCGGUGUUGGCGGUGGCGGUGGGCUGAGGGGUUCUUCUUCGAGGUACGUUUCUCCACCUCGGUACUCUGGCGGUGAUGCCCGUUUUAGGGCGGCGUCGGAUUUGAAGUUUAGGGGGUCGAACGUUGAAUCGGGAGGCGUUUCGAAGAGGAGGGAUGGCCUUUUCGUAAAUAGUCAAGUUGCUGAUGAUAGUAAUUGAUUGACAGGUUUGUUUUCGUUUGUUUUCCCACGUUUGUUGUAGUUUAAUAACUUGUGUUUUUGUAACAUUAUUAUAGCGAAAAAAGAAACAAAAUAAUUGGGAAAUCUAAAGCAGUUUUUUUUUUUU